GUGAUCUUUCCGGUUGACGAUCAUAAUUCUCAACUCAGAGUAGUGCAAGGACCAGUGAAGAAUAGACCUGCAGAGCCACUUCACCACGUUGUUUUUACUCUUUCUGAUUUGCCAAAUGCCCCAUCCUACAGCCUGUUUCGGUCCACUGUUGUCGAAGAUGCAGUUGAUUUAUGUCGUCGUUGUGUUGAAUGCAAAAUCCUGUUCAGAAUCUUAGGUAGUUUCAAUAAUUUUUUUUCAAUGACUAGAGCACUAGAUUCCUGGAUCGGCCUUUUCAGAUCGUUCCAAAGACACGAAAAAACCGAUUAG